GAUACUCAGAUCAUGAGGCCACGGUCAACGAUGAAGUUAUACCUGCUCCUUGCCUUCUCCUUCAGCGCGGGAUCCCAGGAGGGGUCCCGACCCACCUACCAGCACCGCGACCCAGUGACCUCCAGGGUGUACCAGUGUGAGCAGUGCCCGCCCGGCACGGCAGUGCUGCAGCACUGCGGCAGGGACAUGCCCACCGCCUGCACCCCCUGCCCCGAGGGGCACUUCUCCGAGCACUGGCACUGGGGCAAAGCCUGCCAGCGCUGCACGGCCGUCUGCAAGGAGCAGCAGCUGGUGCGGAGGGACUGCGCCCGGACUCAUGACCGGCUGUGCGAGUGCGCUCCGGGCUACCACCUGGAGGUGGAGUUCUGCGUGAAACACACCGCCUGCCCUCCUGGCUCUGGGGCUGCUGCUCUCGGCACCCCAGAGAGUGACACGGCAUGUGAACGGUGUGCGAAGGGCUCCUUCUCCAGCUCCUUCUCAGCAGCAGAGGCCUGUGUCCCCCACAGUAACUGCAGCAGGCUGGGAAUGCGGACCGUACGCCCCGGCACGGCUGAGAGAGACACCGUGUGUGAAUACGAGGAGCGCGGCCGGGACCCAGAGUGCUUCCAGCAGGACCUGCAGUGUCACACAGAUGUUAUGCUGUGUGAGGAAGUCAUCCUCCAGUUCCUGUCCUCGCUCCAUUUCCUGUCUGCGCUGCCCCUGGACACCGUGGCGGCCAGCUUACCUGGCAGGAAGUUGGAGAGCAGGAGCGUAGAGCAUGUGAAGAAUGCGUGCGGCCCCAAGCAGCAGGUCCUGCAGCUGCUCAGACUGUGGAGAGAGAGGAACAGGGACCAGGGAAGGCUGUUUGGAAUUGUUAAAGGCGUGAACCACUGUGAGAAGGUGGUGUCCAGGAGCUCGGCCUUCAGGAAGCUGACCCUGGGCGACCUGCAGGCGAUGAUGGACAGCCUGCCGGGGGAGAGGGUGAGGGAGGAGGACAUCCAGGCAGCGAUGGAGUUCUGUCAGCCCCGGCAGUACCUCCUGAAGGUCCUGUACCUCUGGAAGACCCUGAACGGGGAGCAAGAUCUGGCCAAGGCCCUGGCACAGAGCCUUCGCGAGCUCCGCACCCAGGGAGCGUCAAGCCAGCUCCUGAGGAGCACGAGGAGGCUCAACACGCUGUUCAGCACCUCCUCCAUACGCAAGCUGUAUAAGAACAUAUUCCUCAACAUCAUUCUGGACAAGUGUUAA